UUCAGCACAGCCAUUUGUCCCAGAUACCAGACUAGCAGCCAGAGCUUCCUGUACUUUCCUGUUGUAAAGGAUGCUCUCUGGAAUGAGCAUGUACUUGUUGCAUUUUACAAGUGUGCAAUGGCUAUUCUUGGUUAUCAACUUGACUGCAUCUAGAAUUAAAAUGGAGGGCACACCUGGGAUUGGACUUUUGCUUAAUUUGAAAUAGGAAGAUAAGCCUUUAAUCCUGAGGUGGGAAGACACACCUAGAAUCUGGGCCACGCCUUCUGCUGGAAGCCUGUGUAUAAGGACAUGGAAGAAGGAAGCUUUUACCCUUGGCCUGCUUGCUCUCACCUGGCUAGCAAGUCCAUUCCUUCACUAGCAUUAGAGCCUACUUCUUCGGGAUUCCAGCGUAUACUGAAGACCAGCUAAGAUAUCCAGCCUGUGGACAGAACAGCUAUUGGAUUCUUGGACUUUUUGUUCACAACCAGCCCUUGUUGGAUUAGCUGAACUGCAGCCUUUCUUGAAAUCAUGAAUCCUGUUUAUAGUCCUGGGUCUUCUGGGGUUCCCUAUGCAAAUGCCAAAGGAAUUGGAUAUCCAGCUGGUUUUCCUGUGGGCUACGCAGCAGCUCCUGCCUAUUCUCCUAACAUGUACCCUGGAGCAAAUCCUACCUUCCAGACAGUGCUGGAGCUUGAACCCAGGGUCUUGCACAUGCUAGGCUACACUCCUGGUACACCUUACAAAGUGUCCUGUUCCCCAACCAGCGGAGCUGUGCCACCAUACUCCUCCUCCCCUAACCCCUACCAGACGGCCGUGUACCCAGUGAGAAGUGCCUACCCCCAGCAGAGCCCGUAUGCCCAGUUGUCUCUGUUUUCCCCACAGCAAGGCACCUACUAUACACAGCCUCUGUAUGCAGCACCCCCUCACGUCAUUCACCACACCACGGUGGUGCAGCCCAAUGGCAUGCCAGCAACUGUCUACCCUGCUCCCAUCCCUCCUCCUCGAGGCAGCGGGGUCACCAUGGGCAUGGUUGCUGGAACCACAAUGGCCAUGUCAGCAGGGACCCUGCUGACUGCUCAUUCUCCAACUCCUGUCGCCCCUCACCCAGUCACUGUCCCCACAUACCGAGCCCCAGGAACACCCACCUACAGCUAUGUGCCCCCUCAGUGGUGAUUACCCCACAGAUUCAUGUUUGAGGAUGGAGCUGUGCAGUCACUUCAUUGAGUUCCACAGCUGGUGCUGCAGGCCUUGUGCCUCCAACCAGGACUUUCUUCUUAAUGCUCUCGACACUUAGCUAAACACGACUGCGGCCCAGCCCAGAAGGCCCCAGCUCGCUAGUCUCCAACUAACUCUGGGGGUUGGUUUUAAAGCAAAUCCUGUUUUGUGGACUGCCUGGCACAUUUUGUAGCUAACCGUAAUGAUAAAAAGGGAGUAUCACUCUAUUCUAAUCCUAUCUAGUUGAAUGCAUGUUUAUAAAACAAACACAGAAACAAAGCUUGCUCAAUCUACCUGCAGUGACUGAUGCAAAACCAUCAUAUGCAAAAUCCAAAGGACUGGACCCUGUUCACAGCCUGUGUCACUCAGGCGCUGUUGUAAUGUGUGCGAGUCUCCCAGUCACACGUGUGCACGUGAAUGUCCUCAAGAAGCAUCGAGUACUGGAGGGGAUUCUUGGGGUGAUGAGGGUUGCCAGCUAGGGACACAGACUUGUAGUUUUCAGCGACCUGUUUUCUUUUUGGCACUGACGAACCUGGAGGGAGCUGCAGGGACUGGGAGAGUGUGAGUCUGUGGUGGCACCAGAGCAGCAGCAGGUAUAGUAGGUCCCCUCUUCAUUUCAGCUGACGUGUGGUCUGAGGAGCAGGGAUGUACCGGAAGCCUGUCAGGAAAUAGGAGCGCUGGGUGGCCGGUACAGCUGGGGUGAAGGGCAGUCUUUGUGUCAAUAGAGCAGGGUCUCUGCCAUCUGAAUUUCCACUGUGUGUCUGCAGGACAAUGUUUGGGUAUCUGUUGGGAAAGUCCAGUGCAGAACUAAACUGUCUUCCCAGGAGGGAAGACGUCAGAGAGGAGCAGCCACACUGAGGUGUCUUUUGCUCUAUUUCACUUAGGGAAUCAUCCCUUUCUUUCCCCUGGAGAAAUAAUUGAGUCUGCUAAAAACACAUAGGCACUGCUGUAUUCACCCCACAAAGAAGGGCAGAGACUUCAGCUGUGUGCUGUGGAGAAUGUUGUAUAUUUAAGACUGGUUAAAAGGGAAUAAGUAUAUUUUUAAGUUAGUUCCUCGUGUUUCUUGUAGAGAAGCAGGGCUGUGAUUAUGUCUAAAAAUGUAGAAGUAAUGUAGCUUGUCCCAGGAUCAUUCACCUGAUGAUGACCUGUCCUCUGUCUAGCUGGAGUGGGGCCUAGAAAGCCUGCAUAAAUGUCCUGUGAGCCUCUUUUGCCAUCUUUUUGUGUGGCUAACGGCACUCGGCACCGAGCUCAUGUGGAGAGUGGAAAGGGCCAGACAGUUUUGGACUGUGCUUGCCUGUCCGGAUCUGUUGUGGGAGAGAUUUUUGAGUGUGUAAUCUGAGUAUGUACAUAAGAAAUCAAGAAGGUUCUUUUUGCCUGUAUAUGCCCAACUUGAAUCUGUGAGAGUUUCUGUUCAGUGAGGGUCAGAAGGGCAAGGCAUGAGGACCACUCUGGAGUCUGUCAAGUGGGGGUGUGUUUUGUUUUUUCCCCAUUGAAGUGCUGGGGUUUUGGUUGGAAGGGUGCUUGUCUCUGACAGCUAGGUCAGGGCUUCCAUGUUGGUAUGGAGGUUGCCUCAUUAGCCAUCAACUUGGCUAGAGGGUGGGUCAUCUGAACAGUGAGCCUUUGGAAACCUUAUUUUUAUAGUAGUGCUCUUCAUAAUUUGUUUUUAGCAUUUUAUUUUUUAAGAAGUUUUGGAAAAUUUCUGCAUGGAUCAGUGUAAACAGAAGAGUUCUCAUUCCUAAUGUCCAUGAACAUAGAAUGUUUAUGGAUGAGUGUGUUUAAUCGCCUCAUGAGCACUUAACCGUGUGUGUGUGUGUGUGUGUGUGUGUGUGUGUGUGUGUGUGUGUCAAGAAAGCACACAGUGCACAGAGACAGAAACAUUUGCUGUAGGCACACAACUUAUACCUGUACUUCAUGUUGGGAUUCCCACCCUUGUGGAUGGUUUGCGAUGUGGCUGGAUCCAAGGUUUCCCCUGGACCCAACAGACAGAAGGUAGUUUUUCCAAGUGAAUAAUCACAGAUCAGUGGAACAAAUGUACCCGUGAUUUUUGCAUGUGUUUGAAAAAGUACCCUCACACACUCCCAACUAAACAUACCUGUCUCCCUGCCUCUAAAAGGUAGAGUUGUUCGCUUACGACAGGAAGUUAUCAAGUCUUUGGGUCUGCUUGCAGCUGCACACAGUGUGUGUUUCCACGGGCCCUGAGUUCUCAGGAGAAAGAAGAGUGGGGUGGCAUCCCCUCCUGCUGAUUACAUCAGCUUCACACACCUGCCCUGUAACUGUUAACACAUCAUUCCUUUUCUUUCAAAUUGAAUUGAGUGACUAUCAGAUACUUCUGUACUAUACAACGUAUCUGUGUGGAAGUCUUUUCUGUCUUGAAACCAUUAGGACAUCAGCUGUGGAAUUUGCUGGUGAAAGAUCUCAUCUAUCAGGUGAAAAGAAGAAACUGUCACAGGUGGUGAUUUCAACAGCAUUCAGUUUCAGUAAAAUUAAGGAACAGAACUCGGGUCAGUAUUCUGUUACACAACUGCAUAGUUAUCCCCAAAACAUUGAGGAACAUUCCAAGAAAGUGUGCUUUUUAUGUGCUUAACAUUCCCAACUAGAGUCCUUCAGCUGAAUUCUUUUAGAAGGUAAUACUGGCAGGCAAAGGGCCUGAUAUCUGAACUUGACAUCAUUGUUAAGGAUAGAUAUAUAAUUUUUUAAGUUUAUUCUCUGCUGCCUCCCCUGAGGAUAGGGAUCUUUCUUCCUCUGCUGCUGCUGCUGUUUGCAGUUUAAAGUUGGGUAGAGUUGUUGAGUGUUAAGGAACCUGCGAGCUCCCGGAGAAGUAGGGCCACCAUCAGGAGUGGGCUAGUUAGGUAACGGGCUACACGGAAGAAGUGCGCUUCAGAACUUCUGUCUCCCAUCUUGUGGUCUUCCUUGGAAGACCCACUGAGUGGCUGUUAGCCUACAGUUAGCAUACUGGAGAGCAGCUUGUGCUUGUUGCAGAGGCGGUAUUCCUGGCAGGAGGGAGGUCCUCAGUUCUGCACUGGCUACUGAGUGCCCACCUUCCCUCUGCCGGGCACCAGUGUCUAUUGCAUCUGCUUAUGUUAGCCUGCGGUGAUAGGAGGCUGGAGGAACAGACUGGGUGUUUCUUGGGGGCAUGCUACAGUGGAAACUCUUUGGGGAGGUUUGAGCUCACUGGCCUCUCACUUGGGCCUUUGUGUGAGGGCCUGUGCUUGAGAGAGGCUGGCAGGCAUAAGCCUUAACCGUUGGGGCUGCUCCCAUUUCCUCAGCUCUCCUUUCUGAAUAUUGGAGUACAGCAUUACUGACUGGGCCGCCGCCUCUCAUUCCGCAGCUGACUUCUGUACUUGUGGUAUACCUCUGCUGGAUGCACAGGACCUCCUAGGGCGCACUGGCAACUGUGGCAGCUGCUGGUCCUUUGCUCUGGUGCUUUCUGAGGGUUGCUGGAGGGCAGGAGUGCAGCUGGCCGAGCAGUGGCGUGCAGAGCCGACGCUCCUGUCCAGCGCACCUCCCAGGUUUGUGUGUUUCCUGAGUUGCUCAUCCUGCCCAGUCUUCUACGUUGAUGGAUUGAUAGCUACCCAGAAAGGAUAAUGUGCUUUCUGUAGGAACAGUUCAAAUAAUUCCCCGUGUCUUAGAGGAUUCCUUUCUUCCCUACCCCCUCUUCAUUUGAAGAACAGAAAACCUGUGGAAUAAAUCUUACUAGAAUCAUGGGAUGGAAGUAGCAGCUUUUCUGUCUAGGGACCACAGUAGUUGUACAUGAGAGGUGAGGACCUGAUUGGUAUAGCAGGCAGCUCCCAGGGAAGGGCAGUGGGUGGGUCUGGUGCAGACUGUUGGCAGUAUAAUAGACCAGUUUAGGUCACACUGGGGACUGGCUCCCAGCAGGGUUAUUGUGGCAGCUGGAGGCCCCAAGGAGCCUGUUAGGCUGUGACUGAACAGAAAAGGUUCUUCUUUUUUUAAACUUUUAUUUUUAAAUACUCUUUUUUACACUGUUUUCUUGGUACUUUUUUUAUGCUUAAGUCAGCAUUGUCUUCCAGUGUUAAAGGCAUCCCUUGCCUCUUCAUUGAACUUACGUGUCAAUACAAUAGGAAUGGGCAGACUGUCCAUCCCGAGCCAGUUCAAUUAAAUGUAAAUUCAUACUGUUUUAAUUUUUUAUGCAAUCUGAUGAGUAGAUGAGCUCAGAUUUAAAAUCCUUAAAAGCACGUUUAUUGUAACAGGAAUUGUUAUGUAUUAAUACUGCAGUUUUCAAUAAAGAUUGACUUGUGUUGCAUAUUC